CACGAAGAAGAAGAAGAAGAAGAAGAAGAAGCCGGAAGUUGAGUUCCUCCUAGCAUUUUUUGCGAACAUACGAAGCUAUCGUCCAACGAAAGACAAAUGGAGACGUGUGAGGAAGCAGCCAGGAAAAGAGGCAGCAAGACUCUGUUGGUCCACCAUCUGCCAGCCGAGUUGACUGAGGAUGAAAAGGAGGAUCUGCUCAAGUACUUUGGAGCGGAGUCCGUCAGAGUCUUCUCCAACUUUGGCCGUAUGAAACACGCAGCAUUUGCAGCGUUUCGCAGUGAAAAAGCUGCAGAGAAGGCUCUCACGCGCCUCCAUCAGUUAGAGAUUCUCAACCGGAAGCUCAUUGUGGAGUUUGCAAAAGGCCAGGAUAAUAUCACAGUGUUAAAGGACCCACCUGUGACAGAAAGUAAUAAGCAUGACGUAGAAGCCAAGAACAAACAGGAAACGAAGCAGCCAAAUGUUCCUCUUAUAGAGACCGGCAUCGCUCCAAGUCUUGGAGAAAGUUCGUUAUGCAUUGGAGAUGACCACCGAGCCUCAAUAGUCGACCUCCAGCUCGUUGCACCUGUGAACCCUACAGAAACAAAUGAGAGCAAGGCCAGCGUCAACAACAACAACAACAACGGCACGGAGGACACUGCAGGAUUUGGGAAGCUCUACCCCAGCACCCAGACGUUCCAGCAGUGCGAGGAGCGCAGCGACGACGAACAGGAUCUCCUGUCCGACGUCAUCACAAGAAAAGAGCUUGAGAAAGGACGUCUCUCCAGAGACGAGAUAAAACGGAUGUCAGUGUUUAAGAAUUACGAGCCGGGCGAGCCGACCUGCAGGCUGUAUGUGAAGAACAUCGCAAAGCCGGUGGAGGAGAAAGAUCUAAAGUACAUCUACGGGAGAUACAUCGACCCCGCCUCCGAAACCGAGCGAAACAUGUUCGACGUGUUGCUAAUGAAGGAGGGCCGGAUGAAAGGACAGGCUUUUGUGGGACUUCCCAGUGAGACCAGUGCUGAGAAAGCCCUGCGGGAAACCAACGGUUUUGUCCUCUACGACAAACCCCUGGUGGUUCAAUUUGCUCGAUCCGCCAGACCAAAACAGGACAACGCCGAUGCCAAGAAAGGAGCGAAGCAACGAUAAACUCCCCAGAUACCAAGGCUUGGUUUUGUGUGCCAGCAGAAGCAUUUGUAUCCUUAUUCGAGCAUAUCCUUUGGAAAAAAAUAAAAAAUACUGAAGAAAAAGAGGGCACUUCUAUUUGUGGAAGGAAUGGGACAUGUUGACCUUUUAAGUUCAAUGACCUAGAUCCACAAGAACAUGUCAUUGUUUUUCUCUUUUUAUUCAUGUCUUGUUGAUUUCAUGGACUUAAAUGGUAUUUUAGAACAUUCCCUACCUAAUUUUGUAACUGA